UAUAUUGCGGCACGGGGUCGGAUCAGUUGUUCGAGUUGCCAGUGUUUGCUAUGGUGGGGCGGGACCGAGGUUACUGACCUCAGUGGGCCGGCCGCCGAGAAGGACGAGGGUCGGACGGCCGGGCGGGGAAAGUGGGAUCCAGUACAUGUUGGAAUAAGGUGUUAAAGUUAUUCUUUCCAAGUUGAUCGAGGGCGGCGUUAUUGACCGGGACGUUUCUGUCUGGGCAGUCGUGGUAUAACAACACACUGGUCGAGAUGAUAACAGUUAAUGACAAUGUAUUCUCGUUACAGGUUGGUUGAAAUUCGAAGUGACUGAAUAUGACUAAAGAGAUCAUGGAGUCGGCUGCUGAACGUUCUUCAAGCCAACAGGUGCUCAACAUGGCCGUGUCGUCGUUCGAGACGCUCUCGGCGCUGCUCGGUCUGACGGCCUACAUCGAGCCUGCACUGCGGGCGAGGUCGGCGGCUGCCAAGCUGCCCGCCUUCACGCUCGACCAGGUGUCCGAGCACUGCUGGGUGGACGACUGCUGGGUCGUGCUCUACGACCGGGUGUACGACGUGACCCGCUUCCUCGACGUCCACCCGGCCGGCGCCGACAUCCUGCUGGAGAGUGCCGGCAGGGACGCCACCAGCGCCUUCCGCGGCGUCGGCCACUCGCAGCAGGCGGUGGAUGCCCUCCUGCAGUACCAGGUCGGCGUGCUCGUGGACGCAGAGUGUAUGUGGCCCGCCUCCAAGUAACGUCGGCUGGGGCGCGCAACACUCUCAGGGACGACCAAAACACGACGUCGUGAUCGAAUCAUCUCAUCGGAGCGGUGGAACGCGGGCGAUUUUGACCGCGUUGUAUGCACUUCCAUACGCUAUUUAUUGUUGUGUUGUUUUUGUUGUUGCAACAUGUGCCAUCUCAUCUACUCGUUGAAAAAUAACUCAUACAAGAACAUGUGACAUUGUUGUCUUAUUAUCCUGUGCGCUGAAUAUUGGAGGCGACAACUGACA